AUGGGGAAAGAGCAGAACGAGCCGAAGGAGCAGCCCCUGGUGCUCUUCGCUGGUCUGGUCAAGGGUUGUCAGCUUAUCGCCUCGUACUCCCCGCAGAAGCACUAUGAGCAAGCCGCGCUGGAAGCAAUGAAAGAAGGCCAUGGCGGGGUGAUGGCGUUGUUCUGCAAGUUCCCCGACCCCCUCUCGUUGGACGGCGGCAGCGGCGCCAUUCAGCCGUCCAGCCUCCAGUCUCCGCUGCUCACGCCGUCCAACUCGUACGGCGCCGUGCUCAUCGCGUACGAGUCGCCCACGCUCAUGCGCGCUCGCGGCUUCGAGUUGCUUCGUUCCAUGAGCGACCUCUAUCAAACCCUCCUCACCCGCCCGCGAUUCCCUCUCCGCCGCACCACCUCCUCCUUCCUUACCCGCGCCGACGGCUUCAAACGGGGGAAGCUCGAGGCGCAGAUGAAAGAUAUGUGCGCCGCGGAGCGCGGUCUAAGAUGCUCGCAGGACCUGCGAUUGUACCCCAUGGCGCCGAAGGCGUUCCUGGUGCGCGAUUCGUACCAAUCGGCGGAGGAUCUAGCGGCGAUAGAGGCGCUGCGCGAGGAGGUGGAGGCGAAGAAGGAGCGCGCGAAGAACAUGCUGGAAGCAGAGCUGCAGUUCGUCAAUAACAUGGCGGACGAUGACAUCUGCUCCCUGCCGGGUACUCUCCACCUCGGGGAAUCCGCCGACGGCGGCGGCGACGGUGACGGUGACAGUAGGCGCGGUGGCGAGGCGGCAGCGGGGAGUGCAGCGCAAUCAGUGCCGUAUAACCCGGAUGUGGGCGCGGAUUCGGACGACGAGCACGAGGACCUGGUGCCCAAGUCCAUGCCCGGAGAGUACUACAUGAAACACCCCGCCGCUGAACCCGCUGCUGCUGCGCCUCACGCCGCUGUUUCGCGCGGGGGCUCCUCCCGUGCGCUCAGCUUCUCGCUCUCCUUCUCGCACUCGCGAUCGCGCCCGCGCGAGCAGCAAGCGGACGUAGACGACCUCGCGAGCCGCGUGCGCGCCCUCGCCGCCGCCAGCGCCCCCGCCCCCGCCGCCGACGAUUCGCUCGCCGCCUCCGCCUCGGCGUUGCUCUCCUCGUGUCACUCCUCCUCGCGAUCCGCGUGCCUAUCGCCCAUGGCGGACGGCGCGAAGCUGAAGCGGUCGGGAAGCCACGGCAGUCGAUCCAGGUCGGGCGGGCUGAGCUCGCGCAGCUUCAGCUUCGUGCACGGCAGCGGCAGCGGCGGCAGCGCCAGCGGCACCCUGUCGCAUUGGCUUCGCGGAAACCGGGGGUCGCUGCUGCCUGCGGACGCUGCCCGCGUGUCGCCCGCUAGCGACGCGGCUGGCGGCACGGCUGUGUCGCACAGCGCGGAGCUGAUUCUGGGGAAGCGGCAGGGAGGCGAGGGGGGCGUGGAAGGGGGCGCGCUUGGCGAGAGCCUGGAAGAGGCCCUGGCAAAGGCGCAGCAGCGCGCUCAGGCGAAAGAGGCGCAGGGGCACGCAGUGCGGCCGGGGUCCGGGCAGGCGCAGGAGGAGAUGAAUUCGCGGUGUAAUAAACAGCACAGGACGUGCUCGCACCCGCAUGAGCAUCACCGUCACCACCGCCAUUGUGCGCCGCAGCAGCAACAAGGGCUAUGUGAACCGCGCAGCGGGGAAGUUAGUCUGCGUGGAAAACAGGGCGCGGGAGAGGUGGCACCGGGCUCUCCGGCAGCGAAAGCAGCGGAGGCGAUAGCAAUGGCAAUGCGCAAGAAGAAGAGCAAGCUCAGCGCGGGAGGCAGCACCAGCCCCACCAGCGGCGCCACCAGCAGCAACGGCGCCCCACAGGGUGCAGACUCGGGUGCGUGCAGCGCAUGCUGCAGUGAGUGCGCCUCUCCCUCUCCCCUCUCCAGCCCGCGACCGCCUGUCAAUCACGCCCACUCGCACGCGCACGAGCAGCUUUCCCCGCCCCGCCAGCAGCCGCACGGCCAGGUGCAGCAGGCGCAGGUGCAGCAGGUGCAGGGGGAGCGUGGCCAAAAGCCUGCCAAGGGCAAAGAGCUUCCGCGCAUCCCAGAAGUUUCCCUCAUGGUGCCGUACCCCCCCUCACCCAUCUACACUCCGUCACCAACCUCACGGCUGUCGUCUGUCAUGGAUCGCACAUGGAUAGGAAAGGACAAGGACAAGAAGCGAGAGCGCGACCGCGCCAGCGCUGGGUGGGGAUUAUUGUUUGGAAAGGGGAGGGAGGAAAGGGAGAUGGAGAAGCGUUUAAGGGACAAGAGCCGGAGCUUGCGGUCUAGGAGCUCGUUUUUUGUGUCUGAGAGGAGCAAGAGGGCAGUGCCGGUGGCACAGACGAGCCAUGAGGCGGAGGCCGUGAAUGGAGGGGCGUUCGGGGGCCGUGGCAGGGGCGAGGCGUCGCGCAGUGCUGGUGGGGAUGGUGUGCCUGGGUCGUCCCCGCGCUGGGUGCAUGAGGCGUGGGCGGCGGGGCAUGAGGGUACGCAGGGGGGGAGCGCUGCGAGCGAAGAGGGAGGAGGGCGGUUGAGGCACUUGUUUGGAGGCGGGUGGCGGCGCUGA